AAAUUUAUAGUGGAAUUCCCUAGAAACAAUUUGACGUGUAUUCACAGUCUCGCCCAUGUAUUGAAAUAGUUCAAUAAUAUCAAGAAACUAGAAAUAAACAAAAAUGUAUAGUGCUCUUAACAGGAUUAAUGCCCUCGCUGCAUUUUCGCUUAGCACUUUGACAGUAUUAACAUUCCUUUGUUAUGCCUCAACUGCAUUUAAUGAUAGUAGCCGCUCUGCUUCGAUAAGCGCUUCAAAUGUUAUUUUGAAGAAUGUACCUGACUAUGUGGUGUCAAGAGAGAAGAAUGAUCUUGGGGUACUUCGGUUUGAUCUGAAUGCUGACCUCACUCCAGUCUUCAACUGGAAUGUGAAACAACUGUUUGUAUAUCUUGUGGCUGAGUAUGUCUCUGAGAAGAACAGCAUCAAUCAGGUUGUAUUGUGGGACCACAUCAUAAGACGCCAUAUUGAUUCUCCAGUCCUGAAACUCAAGAAUGAAAACCUCAAAUACUAUUUCUGGGAUGAUGGACAUGGUUUGAUUGGCAACAAGAAUGUCACACUUCGUCUUGAAUGGAACAUCAUCCCAAAUGCUGGGCAGCUCCCUCUCUGGCCCGCCACUGGAUCUCACAAACUUUCCUUCCCUGACAAAUACGCUGCAUCUCAGCACUGAUAUGUUUAAUGCCAUGUAGUUCGUCAUCUAGAUUCAUUGCAUUGAGAUGUUGAUUGAUAUUUUGACUAUAAACAUGAUUUUGCUUUAGUAUCGUGAAGUUUUUUUCAAAUUUAUACAACUGCAGGUGAGCGUUCCACUUUUCGCUGUAGGUGAAAAAGAAUCCUAUAACUUGUUUCUAGCAAAAAAUUAAGCUCUUGUCUGCUGUUGUUGUAUUCACAUUGUAGCUUGAGGUAUGAAGCCAAACUAAAUUUUGACACUGAUAAUCAUGAGCUUCUUUCUUAUUCUGACAUCUAAUAAUCAGCUAAUAUAUUGAGUUUUUGUGAAGUAUGAAUACCAUGAUUGUGUUGGUUUCCAUUUAGGUAACUCAACGCCUGAGUUUAACCUGCCAUUAAACUGAGCAUUUGCCACUGUUGUUUGACCAACGUUUUUUUACAAUCAAUUCGAAAUUGAUAUAUUCGAUACGCCUCGACUAAUUUAAAUGAAAGUCACUCGGUAAAAUGAUGCUCCUGUAGAACUGAUGAUGAGCUUGACAUCGUCAAAUGUUUCCUCAAUUGUACGAAAUGAUCAUCUUGAGGUACCUAACGUUAUCCGUGGAUGAUGAAAGUAUUUUCUUGACAGCCCUUGUUUUGUAUUUGAUACUUCCACUUAUUUAUUGCACUGUUUUGAAUAGAUUAGCCUUCAAUUCUAUUCAGUCGUAAGCGACACUUGAGUUCAGGGUAUCUUUCUAUUCGUAAACAGUCACGUAUGUUUGGAGUGGAUGUGCGUUUUUUUCUAUAAUUACUCACCGCUGUGGUUUUGGUCUUAUUAAACCAUACAUUUUGCCACUUCUUGCACUUUCGCAUCUGAACUAGGAUUUACUUUACCGUAGGUACUAAAUUCACGUUUUAUUAUCGGAAAAUUUCUGAAGUUUUAUGAUGUUACUGUCACGUGUGCUGUGUUCAUUUCUAAAAGUUGGUUGCUUGAAGUAUGGAGUAAAAUCAAACAUCUA